UUCUGAGUUGACGAGGCGCCCUGAAUGCAGCACGGGGGCGGAGUUACACAACUGAAGUUUAGCUUAGCAGGAAACCCGGAGGCUCCGCCGCCGCACAGCUUACCGAUUACUUUUAGUUUGUAACCGGUUACCAGGACUUGAGGCCGUUCGUUUGAAAAGUCGCCGUUACUUAGAUUUUUGGAGCUUGCGGGUUGUGGCUGUUCCGGUUUCCCUGGACUUUGGCGGUGGACCGAGCUGUGCGGAUCAGGUGUGCGGGAGCGUGCGCUUUGUGGGCCUGAAGGCUCCACUCUGGUGCUGAGACGCAAUGAAGAGGUUCAAGAGACAUGGCCAUGAUUCCCACAGAGACAGACUCCGACAUGACCUCUUCCAGUUCAACAAGACGGUAGAGCACGGGUUCCCCCACCAGCCCAGCGCUCUGGGAUAUAGUCCGUCUCUGCACCUGCUUGCCAUAGGUACUCGCUCCGGGGCCAUCAAACUGUAUGGAGCUCCAGGUGUGGAGUUCAUGGGUCUACAUGAAGAGAAUGCUGCUGUUACACAGGUGCACUUCCUGCCCCACCAGGUUGAACUGGUGACUUUGCUGGAUGACAACAGCCUCCACAUGUGGACUUUAAAAGCCCACAAGGGACUUUCUGAACUGCUGGAAAUAGGCCGCUUCACUCUGACUGGACCACCCGGCGCCCCCCCGAGUGUGACCAGAGUAACGGCAGUGCUCGCCCACUCGUCAGGAGAGCUGUUGCUGUUGGGGACAGAAGGAGGACAUGUCUUUGUGGUGGAAGUACCCGGGUUCACAGAACUGGAAGAGAGGAACAUCAGUCUUGAUCAGGUCACCAGCAGUGUGCUGGACGACUACAUUGGCCGCCGGAAUCUGGAACAUGUGGAGGCCUUACAGGAGAACCCAGUCAAUCCAAACCAGGUUGUGAUUGGCUAUGGACGAGGUCUCAUGGUCAUCUGGGAUCUGGAGAAGCAGUCUGCAGUGGAACACAUCCCUGCUACGCAGCCACUGGAGAGCGUGUGGUGGUUGGAGGACGGAGGCUGUAUUCUCAGCUCACACAGUGACGGCAGCUACUGUCGAUGGACAGUGGGAGGCAACAAUGUAAAUGACGAGGACGAGAAGUCUGACAUUCCUUACGGACAUUUUCCAUGCAAAGCCAUUUCUAAAAUCAUUCAGCUGCCAACAGCAGACGGGCCUCCAUUCCUCUUGUUCAGCGGCGGGAUGCCUCGGGCCAGUUACGGCGACCGCCACUGCAUCACUGUCAUCCACAAUAAAACACACGUGGCUCUGGAUUUCACCUCCAGAAUUAUUGACUUCUUUGUCAUCAAAGACGGACCGCGACACACAGGAGAUCCCAGUGCACUGGUGGUGCUGGUGGAGGAGGAGCUGGUUGUGAUCGACCUGCAGACAGACGGCUGGCCGCCCAUCCAGACGCCUUACCUGGUUCCGCUCCAUAGCUCAGCCAUCACCUGCUCCCACCACGUUUCGGCCAUCCCCCUCAAACUUUGGGAGAGGGUUGCCUCUGCAGGAGAGCUGCAGAAUAUGCACUACUCAAAAAAGCCGUGGCCAAUUACAGGAGGUCAGAACCUGGCCCCAGACCCUCCACAGAGAGAUCUGCUUCUCACUGGUCACGAGGAUGGCAUGGUGCGUUUCUGGGACGCAUCAGGAGUGUGUUUGUAUCCACUGUACAAGUUGAGCACAUCCAGAGUUUUCCACACGGACGCCGACCCGAACGACAACAUGAACCAUGGUAUAGAGGGGGAGUGGCCUCCUUUCAGAAAGGUUGGAUGUUUUGACCCGUACAGCGACGACCCGAGACUCGGCAUUCAGAAGAUCCACCUUUGUAAAUACAGUGGUUAUCUGACUGUGGCAGGCACCGCUGGGCAGAUCUUGGUUCUGGAGCUGAAUGAUGAAGCUGCAGAACAGACUGUUGAGGCCAAAGUUGCUGACUUACUUCAGGGCCAGGAGGGAUUCCGCUGGAAGGGCCACAAUCGUCUGGAUGUGCGAGAGGAGCCGGUGUUGUUUCCUGCAGGAUUCCAGCCCUUUGCUGUGGUUCAGUGUCAGCCUCCAGCUGUGGUGACCGCCCUCAGCUUGCACUCUGAGUGGAAGCUGGUCGCGUUCGGCACCAGCCAUGGCUUUGGGUUGUACGACUGCCAACAGAAAAACACCGUCCUCGUCAAGUGCACGCUGAACCCCAGUGACCAGUUGGCCAUGGAGGGUCCUCUGUCUAGGGUGAAGAGCAUUAAGAAAUCCCUUCGUCAGUCCUUCAGAAGAAUUCGACGAAGCAGAGUCUCUCUAAGGAAACAUCAUGUCAACAAUGCUGCCAAGCUCCAAGAGGCAAACGCCCGCCUGGAGGCUGAACUUGCAGAAAUGGAGCUGGCCCCUGUCCAGAGGAAGAUUGAGGCUCGUUCCUCAGACGACUCAUUCACUGGCCUCGUGCGGACACUCUACUUCGCUGACACCUUCCUGUUGGACAGUUCACAUAACACUCCCUCCCUGUGGGCGGGGACUAAUGGUGGCGGCGUGUUUGCGUACAUGCUCCGGCUUCCUGCUGUGGAGCACAGAGCAGACGAACCCGUCACCGCACAUCCAGCCAAGGAGAUCCAGCUGAUGCACCGAGCACCGGUUGUGGGUGUCGUGGUGUUAGAUGGCCAUGGAGUUCCUCUCCCUGAUCCUUUGGAGGUGGCACAUGACCUCGCUCGAUCCCCCGAAAUGCACGGCUCACACCACCUCCUCGUCGUAUCGGAGGAACAGUUUAAGGUUUUCACGCUGCCGAAGGUGAGCGCCAAGACAAAGCUAAAGCUGACUGCCAUAGAUGGCUCCAGAGUUCGGCGGGUGGGCGUGUCCUGGUUCGGCAGUAGUCGGACGGAAGACUAUGGCGAGAGCGAUCUGGUGGUUCUGACCAAUCAGGGUGAUGUCCAUGUGGUGUCGCUGCCAACAGUGAAGAUGCAGGUUCACUACCCGUGUAUCCGCCGGGAGGACAUCAGCGGCAUUGCUUCCUGUGUCUUCACCAAGCACGGACAGGGUUUCUACCUGAUGUCACCAUCUGAGUUUGAACGCUUCUCUCUGUCAACACGUUACCUGGUGGAGCCUCGCUGUCUGGUGGACGCUCCAAUUCGCCCCGCUAACCAGCACAGAACGUCGGGUGACAGCGCUUCAUCCCCUCACAGAACCACCAGAAAAGUCAGUGAGGAUGCAGAAAGUGCAGCUAGACGUGUUAUGGAGCAUGCUUUGCUGAAUGACGAGCAAGUACUCCAGGAGAUCCAGAAGUCACUAGAAGGAGACCAGACAUUGUUCCUGGAGAAUAAUGUCAGCAAUGCUGUAGCUUGAGGAAUGUUCCUGGAUUUUGGAGACUUGAUAUGUCCUGGUGAACGUCUCCUGCCUCACUGAUUGAACAACCACUACUGACCUUGGCUCUCAGCUCACCUCUGCUUCUGAUACAGCCACCGAAGGGCUCCAUGAGCAACGACGACACGAGGGAUAAAAAAAAAAAAAACCUAGCUGUGCCUACAGACCAGAACUGUACGCCAAAACAUGGUCACAAACAUUUGAUCCAAGCCAGAUGAAGCACAUUCCAUCAGACAAAAACUGUGCACGCCUGAAUUAAACUGAGUGUGCCACGGAGGCCACUUGUUCAAGCCUUUUCUCCCAUAAUCCCUUUCUGCUCUUAAAGCCUUUUCAUAAGGACUUUGGAAAUUGUUUGUCCCACUUCCAGGUCCUCUGCUGUGCAAUCUGGGUGGCCUGAAUGGGCUGAUUUAUUUCUCUUUUUAUCCCCAACCCCCAAGUUUUGUAUUUUAAAUCCUGUGAUAUGUGCCUGUUUUUAUUUUUAAUGAGACAAACUUCAGAUGAUGUAUUUUGAGGGAAAAUGUGAGAAAAAAAUUCACAUUCGAUGUUUUUUUUUUUUAAACUACUGCUGUUUAAUUUUUUUUUUUUUUUCUUACCGAAUUACUAAUUACGAUAGAGUAUUACAGCCAGUGAUUAUGUUGAUUUGCGAACCUUUCUAAGAUUUUAAGAAACAUAAUUUACAAAAUUACCUACAGUAUAAUUUUACUGGCCCAAAUUUGAGUAAAAUAAGAAUAAAGUUGUAUUUUGAUCAGUCAUGUCAACCUUUUCAAAAAGAUUUUCUCAAAUAUGAGUUUCGGGUACUCAGUGUGGCAUAUUUGUGAAUUCUGAAUGUAUUCCUCUAAUAUUCUGCUUUUACUCCAGAGAUGAGGAUUAUUUUAUUAUUAAUUUGUGGAACAGUACCUUUUUUCCUUCUGUUUUUCACUCUGGCUCUAAUACUCUGUUGUGACUUUUACUUUGACAAACACCGCUGCAUUUUACUUUAUUCUCCCGUCCACUUUUCUCUGACCGUAGUUCAUAAUCCGCCGUCGGUACUUCAGUCCUUGACUUAUUUUGGGGGCGGAGCUUUCUGCUGGCUUUGGUUUUUAAUCAUUUUUUUAUGCCUACAUUUUGUUGUUUUUUAAUGCUGUCAUUGAUUAAUAUUGGUGAUUGAUUCAUUAAGAUUUAGCAGAUCAUUUGUGGCAUCAGAAUUGAACUCCCAACCCCAAAGGUCGAGGUUUGGUUCCAGUUCCGUGGACUCGAGGCUGCGUGUCCGCUCAGCUGUAAAUGGGUACCGGCCUGUGACAGACGAGCGUAGACUUUCAUCUUGUUGCUAAGCAGUGAGUUGGACAGAAUUAGUUUUGUUUAUGAAUAUGAUUUAGGAAUGUAAUUGUAAGCUAUUGUAGUGAAAUGUUCUUAAUAUAUUCAGUCUGACUCUGUACCUGUGGGCGUGUUGGAACUGGGGUUGGCUGCUAAUUUAGUCCCAUCAUAUAAGGAAAUAUUUUGGUACUGUCUCUAAGAAUGCUGGGUAUUUUAGAACUUGUGGCCUAGAAUAUAUUUUUGUAGUGAAUCAAGAACGCUAAUUUUUUUUUUUUUGUAACAAGACACUACAGAUUUUAUGUGAAUACUUUUGAUUACAAAUUUUGUUCUCAA